UCUCCUUCCUCAAUGUGCCAACCCCCCCUCCCUCUCACCAUUGUGUGUCUCAGCAACAGAGGAGGCAAACAAAACUCAGGCCAUAGGAAGAAGAGAACAAGAAGAAGAAGAAGAAGAAGAAGAUGAUGAUGAUGAUGAUGAGAAAACCAGUUUUUAGCCUCUUACUCCCUCUCCUCUUCCUAACACUGAGCCUGAGGAACCAUGAUGCAGCAGAGGCUGCAGGGAAUGGGUUCAUCAGGACCAAUGGGGUGCAGUUUGUGGUCAAUGGGGACCCAUUCUAUGCAAAUGGGUUCAAUGCAUACUGGCUCAUGACUGUGGCCUCAGACCCCUCCCAGAGGGGGAAGGUCUCAUCUGCUUUCCAGCAAGCCUCAGCCCAUGGGCUGUCUGUGGGCAGGACCUGGGCUUUCAGUGAUGGGGGCAGCAGCAGCAGCUCAGCACUGCAGUACUCCCCUGGGUCUUACAAUGAGCAGACAUUCCAGGGGUUGGAUUUUGUGGUGUCUGAAGCAAGGAGAUAUGGGAUCAGGCUCAUUCUGAGCUUGGUGAACAACUAUGAUAACUUUGGUGGGAAGAAGCAGUAUGUGCAGUGGGGGAGGGAGCAGGGGCAGUCCAUUGGAUCUGAUGAUGAGUUCUUCACAAACCCUGUUGUUAAGGGCUUCUACAAGAACCAUGUCAGGACUGUGCUCACAAGAGUUAACACCAUUACUGGAGUUGCCUACAAGGAUGACCCAACAAUUUUUGCCUGGGAGCUCAUGAAUGAGCCCAGAUGCCAAUCAGAUCUGUCAGGAAAGUGCAUACAGUCAUGGAUCUCAGAAAUGGCGCCGUAUGUGAAGUCCAUCGACAACAAGCACUUGCUUGAAGCAGGCUUAGAGGGAUUCUAUGGCCCGUCAUCAUCGUCUGAGAACCAAAUCAAUCCAGGCUUCCAAGUAGGAACCGAUUUCAUCGCCAACAACCAAAUUUCUGGAAUCGAUUUCGCCACCGUUCACUCUUAUCCCGACCAAUGGUUAUCCAACACAAAUGAUCAAACUCAGCUCUCUUUCCUGGACAACUGGCUCAACACUCACAUCCAAGACGCGCAAAACAUCCUCAAAAAGCCUCUCCUCGUAACCGAGUUCGGGAAAUCGUGGAAAGACCCCGGAUAUAGCAACAACGAAAGGGACUCAUUGUUCAGUACAGUGUACUCUAAAAUCUAUCAAUCGGCUCGAACCGGUGGGGCGACCGGAGGGGGGCUUUUCUGGCAACUUCUGGCAGCAGGAAUGGACUCGUAUCGCGACGGUUAUGAGGUUAUCUUGGGAGAAAACCCGUCGACGACUAACGUGAUCACCGUGCAGUGUAGGAGGCUGCAUUACCUCGGAAAGUUGUUCGCCAGGGCGAGGAACAUUCGCAAGAUCAAGAAGGCUAAAGCCAUGAGAAUGAAGCAAGAGAAGAGCCUAAACAAAGGGAAUGAUACAAGGAACUAAAAAGUUUUUUUUUUAAAAAAAAAAAAAAAUCUUUCUCAUGGUAUGAGGAGGGUAUAAAAGGUGAAACUUAGUUUUAGUAGUUUGGUGUUUAGUGUGGCUCCUUGAGAUGAUUUUCCUUCAUCCAGGAGAGAGAGAGAGAGAGGGUGAUUAUAUGCUGAGUUUUUAGUAUUGAAGGGUGUUUGUGGUUGUUCUUGUCACAAGAAAGCAAGUAGAUGCUUUUGCUAGGAGCUACAAGCAUCUGCAGUGACUUUUAACUUUUACAAAGAUGUCAGUUCAGUAUCUUAAGAAGAUACAGAUGAUUUUGACAUUAGUUUGGAUUGAGUUCUUGUGAUGGAUGAAUUGCUUGUAACUGAACAGGUGUGAUCAGGAAUGAAAAGUUUGAGAAGUUCUCUUAA